GAAGUCCCAGAACUGGACAAAUUGGGUGUUAGCGACAGAGUGCCUAGCCCAACUCUCUCGGAAAUCCCAGGCUCUGCUCCCUACUUCCCAGAUCUUGUAAGACAGGCAUGGGCUCUGACUGCUCUUUAAUUCUUAGUGGUAACACUCCCUGCCUUGUUUUCCUGGGUCGUCCCCAACUUCAUUGUUUUUGGAACAGGUGGCCAGAAAGCUUGAGGUCCCUUUCUAAGUGUUUCACCCUCCUGAGGAUGGAUGGAAGGAAGGAAGGAAGGAAGGAAGAGAGGGGUGGAGGAUGGAGGGUGUGUGGAUGAAUGAAUGCACGGAAGGGUGGGUGAGUGGAUGGACGGACCGAUGGAUGGAAAAAAGGCGAGGGGCUGGAAACCGUAAUCUGCACCGUGGUACCCGGGGCCCUCCUUCCGCUUCGGGUCGCGGCUCCUGAGCCCAGGCCAGCUGUGGCGCACUAAGGGAGGGUGCGGGUAAGCGAGGGACUUGCCCCCGGGUAGGGGCAGCGGCGAGGGUGAGGGGAGCUGAGGGGCGGGAAGUGGGGAGGAGGGCCUUGGAGGCGGAGAGGAGCGGCGGGCGGGGAGAGGGCCCGGCGGAGGGGCAGCGGGCGCCGGCUGCAGCGCGGGCAGGCGCUGGGACGCGAUGUCGCCGCCGCCGCCGCCUCCUCGCGGGCCCGGGCUGAGCCGCCGGGGCUGAGCCGCUGCCAGAGCCGAGAGCCGAGAGGCCGCGGGGCGCGCCCGCAAGGCGGGAGGAUGGGCUGCGGCGGGAGCCGGGCGGAUGCCAUCGAGCCCCGCUACUACGAGAGCUGGACCCGGGAGACCGAGUCCACCUGGCUCACCUACACCGACUCGGACACGCCGCCCAGCGCCGCCGCCCCGGACAGCGGUCCCGAGGCGGGCGGCCUGCACGCGGGUGUGCUGGAAGAUGGACUGUCCUCCAAUGGUGUGCCCCGAUCCACAGCUCCAGGUGGAAUAUCCAACCCAGAGAAGAAGACGAACUGUGGGACUCAGUGCCCAAACUCCCAGAACCUCAGCUCAGGCCCUCUGACCCAGAAACAGAAUGGCCUUCGGACCACAGAGGCUAAAAAAGAUGGGAAGAGAAUGUCUGCAAAAGAAGUCACCAUUAAUGUUACAGACAGCAUCCGACAGAUGGACAGAAGUCGAAGAAUCACAAAGAACUGUGUCAAUUAGCAGAGUGUCCAAAUGGAGAGCAGAUGGACUUCGUUGCUGCCCUUCACAGUCCUGGAUCCCAUCACGGAACCUUGAGGAAGUAGAUGCUUCUUGCUGAACCCGAACGCUGCCGAGUGCCUAGGGAGACUGUCUCACCUGGUAGCAAACAGCUGCCUGAGUUGUUGGAACCUUCUGAGCCUCCUGUGAUCACGCCAACGUGUUGGCACAGUGCUUACAUA